UUUAGCGUUCGUAAAGACUAUAUACACAACUAGAGUUAAACUUGUCUACUUGACAGCCUUUAACUAAGUUACUUGUUUCAUAAAUGUGAAUUAACGGCACCAAAUGCUGUGGAUAACAUGGUUUUAUAAAAAGAUAAUAAACCUGCUUUAAAAACAGACUUAUGCAUUGAAUUAUCGUCAGAAAAGCAAUGAUCAACGGAAUGAACGGACAGAGAUUAACUGACGACAUAUGUCGUAGUGUCCUGAACCGGGCCCACAAAAGGAUAGUUGAGGAGAUGCUCCCAGACGAGGUGCUGUUUAAACUACGAGAGAUCGGAUUUCUUUCGCAAGAGGAUUACAUCGCCAUUGGGAGAGUGGCCGACAGACCCACUAAAAAUCGCAGUCUCGUCGGUAAGAUCAAACAAAGCGGCAAAAGGGCGUAUUGCGAUUUCAAGACAAUUCUUGAGGAAACCGGUCAAAAAGUAUUAAUGUUACAGCUCGAGUCAAAAGAAAAAGAGUUAGAAGUCGAGACUGCGGGACAUUCUGUUGAACAAAGACUAGGUGAACGGAGAACAGAAAGGAUGGAAACGAAUGAAACACCAGAGCUACCUGCUGCAACACGGUCACCACCAGAGCCACCUGCUGCAACACGGCCACCACCAGCAGAAAAUCCUUUGAGCAGUUUAGAUCGUUCAGUUGUUGUUGUCAAAACUAUACAAAAAGACCUGCAUGACGGGCGACUGAUUGAACUUAACAGCAUAAUGAUUGAACAGUUGAAGAGGAUUAGUAAGACUGAUGAUAAACUGAAGGGAGGAUUUGGGAGAGUGUACAUUUCUAACGAGCGGGCUCCAGGAUUCAAGAUCAGAGUUGUCCUAAAAGAAAUAGAGUUGCAAGCAGGGAAUUUGUCUCAGACUCAAAAGCUAGGAUCAGUUACAAAUGAAAAGAUUGCGUCACGCUUGAUGCAUUUUGGAAUCGUCCCUUUACUGGCAUUUCAUGAUGAUCAUUUAAAUCGGAAAUAUUAUUUUGUUUCGCCGUAUCUCGAGAACGGAGACUUGUAUGAAGCGAUUGCCGCGGACAGAGAUCGUGAGGAGAAAGAUAUUCAACUUCCGUGGAAAACCAGGAUUAAAAUCAUGUACCAGAUUGCAUGUGCUAUAGACUUUAUGCACACCGGAAAUACAUUCAGGAGAACAGUUGUACAUAUGGAUAUCAAGUCCAAAAACAUUGUCCUGGAUACAUUCUAUAAUGCUAGAUUGAUUGACUUUGGACUCGCAAGAGAGUUUAAAGAAGAUGGUGCUACAUCGAUUAUUACAAGUGCGAGUGGAGGAACUCCGGGAUACUUUACAAACGUUCAACCCAAUAUGCUGACAAAAAACCAAGAUUAUCAUAACUUCGGAGUAGGCAAGUAUUCAGUCCUGAAAUACCAGCACUAUGAUUCCCCUCUCUAA